AAACUUACGGAGCUGCACAGCAGUUAGUUAGUUUUCACUCCGACAACAUGUGUACUGGAAAAUGUUCCCGUUGUAUUGCUUUUACUCUGUACCCUUUAGCACUCAUAUCCAUCAUCUGUAACAUUGUGUUGUUCUUUCCUGGCUGGGACAUCAAGUAUGCCAAAGAUGGACACAUCACUGAGGAGGUCAAAUACAUGGGGGGACUCAUUGGAGGGGGUGCAAUGGUGUUGAUCGCAGCAAUAUACAUCAACUUGACUGAAGCUCAGGGGUGCUGUGGAAAUCGCUUUGGGAUGUUCUUAUCAAUUGCAUUCGCUGCGGUUGGCGUGGCCGGGGCCCUGUACAGUUUCAUCGUGGCAGUGCUCGGUUUGAAUAAUGGGCCCCUCUGCUAUGAUGAUGGGAAGUGGACGACACCUUUUAAAAACAGUAAUUCCACCUACCUGGCCAACCAUAAGUUGUGGGCAGAAUGUGAAGAGCCAAAGAACGUGGUGCAGUUCAACAUCGGGCUGUUCCUCACCCUGAUGGCGACCAGCUGUCUGCAGGCGGUGCUCUGUGCCAUUCAGAUGAUCAACGGGCUGUUUGGUUGCCUGUUUGGACUCUGCGUCAAAAAGGAAUCAUAAGCGCCUGGUCAGGAG